AUGACUCCAUCAGCAACGGGUCGCAAGCGGUCAAGGUUGGCAUGCCAGACCUGUCGAGAUCUGAAACGCAGAUGUGAUGGCGCCCAUCCUUGUGGAACAUGUGUCAGAUUUGAAUAUGAUUGUAUAUAUCAGGAAGGAAAGUCGAGGAAGACCCGCAGACAUCGAGGUCUCGAACAGCCUGGUCAAGCUCAAGCAAUCAAACCUCCCACGCCGGUGGCGCUUCGUCCAAGCGCUCAGGCUUCCCCCGAAGAUGCAGUCGUAUCAGCAUCGGCAGCAACCCCACACAAUCAGACUCGAUCGCUUGAGGCCAACUCUGGAUCGGCGUUUGUGCGCAAGCUGGCACUAAGGUUAGACCCCAAGAAGAACCCUCGGAUGCAUACGUUUGCCUGGAAUGCUUUCCUUGGGUCUCGCCAGGUGAAGCACAUACCCGUUUAUCACACUAUCACCGAGUUACUUCCUUUGCAAAGGAUGCAGGAACUGGCCGCAAUCUAUUUCCAGAAAGUGGACCCAACUUAUGGGUUCAUAGACCGCCACGAAGUGGCACGGCAUAUCCAACUGAGAUGGACUACCCAAAUAGUUCAACAAGCUCAGGAUGCUGUCCUUUGCGGCAUUGCCGCAUUGGGUUUUCUGUUCUCACAAGUUCAGUCAGAUGCUGUGGAAUUGGAUUUGGUAGAAUCCGCAAGGAUACUCCUUGAACAAUCCAUGUCUAUGCCCGCGUCGGUUACUAUGAUCCGGGCAUGGCUACUUCGUGUUGUAUAUCUCAGGAUCGCUGGAACACACUAUGGAGCCUGGAUGGCAAGUAGUAUGGUCAUGCAUAUGAUCGAAGCUGCUGGUCUUACUAUUGAAUCGCCCGGUGAAUCUGCGCUUCCAUCUACACGACAAGAGGUUGAUGCUGAGACCGCUCGGAGAAUUGUCCUUGUUGCCCAACACCUCAACAUAUGGAUGUCGUUUGAUAUGGGCCUUACUCGUGUUUCCUUUUCCAAUGUAGCAACCAUGGCUAUGCCCAUGUCGCGCCCAGGAGACUUUACAAGCGAAAUCACAGAACUCUUGCCGUUUUCUGUGGAGCUCGACCCUGACAGGAAACCGACUGCGGCGGAGCUGGAGAAUGCUUUACAUACGGUUCUUGGGCUUGUUCAUUCCAUCCCCCCUACGGUUCUUGCGCAAUGUAACCUAGCACUAUGCCUAUGUCGUCGACUCCGAUCAAUGGAAGUUUCGCUUUCAGACGCCAUUCUUCAGCAAAUUCUCGUCUUGACAACCAACGGCAUCCAGGCGGCGCAAGCCAUUUUGGCUGCUCGCGCACCAUGGCAUCACAUGGCGUAUGUUCCCUUUCAAAUUGUCUGUGUUCUUCUCGCCAUUGAUACAGUCUCAUCCAUCUCUCAACUACGAGAUGCAAUGCAAUGUCUCAAGGAUAUUUCGGCAGUGUACAACACAAAAGCGACAGAUGAUGCCCUGAAGACCGCCCGCUCACUGGUUUUGCUCCACCAGAGGGGCAAAGAGAUGUUUGCCUCGGCAUUAAAUGACAUUUUAAAGGUUUAUCCCUCGAAUGCGGUGGAGGAAGUGUCGCAGACAUCGCCGCCGAUGUCUGAUGGAGCAGAGUGGAUGGACAUGCUUCCGAUGGAUUUCUCAAAUCUGCAGUACUUUGAUAUUGAACAGUUCCUUAGUCCUGGAUUCUUCUGGAAUGCUGGAAGCAAUGGGUUAGUAUAG